AUGGUCAUUGUCUUCGACAUGGCGCUGUGCUGGGUAGUUUUGGCUCUAUUCCUGGCUGCUGGAGAGAUGGAGGCGACAUCUGAAGAGUCGAUCAUAAUGAGCCGUAUCACGGCGGAUAUCGGGAAGGGGUUUGAGAGUUGUCGGGAGGAGACCCAAUUAUCCCCCGAGAUCAUGAAAGAAUGGUACCAACUUUGGGAUUAUGACUUCGAGGUAGCAGUACACAGAGAGAUUGGCUGCACCAUCAUCUGUAUGGGCAGCAAGAACUUAUUACUGGAUAAUGAUAAUCGCGUGGAUGGUAAAAUAAUGUUAAACUACCUCAGGACUUUUGAUAAUGGUGGCCAUCUUGCAAGCAAAGUAGCAGAACUAUACCAAAACUGCGACAAACAGCACAAGGACAUUGAAGACGUUUGCAGCCGCGUCAUUAAGAGUUUCGCUUGCUUCAAGAUCGAUGUCAAGAAGGCCGGCAUCGCGCCCUACGCCGCCAUGAUUGAAGAUAUGCUGGAGGAGUUGAGUUAG